CCUGCCUCCUCUCUCGAUCGCUCACCGGGACCACUUAGAUAGAUCAUCGGUUUUCCAACCAAGUGUAUCGCGAUCCAACGCGCCGAUAAAUCACAGUUGCAGUUCUUCUUCUUCUUCUUCUUCUUCUUCUUCCCAGUGUUUUCAAGUGCGUUCUCGUGCGUUCCCGAACGCGUUCUUGUCGCUCUCCUCUCCUCCAUCCUGCUGGAUCUUUCGAAUUUUUGGAUCCAGAGUGAGAGAGAGAGAGAGAGAGAGAGAGAGGGAGAGUUUGGAUGUCACGGAAGAAAAGAUCGUCCACGAUCCUGCUUCUCCUCCCAUCGGAUAACUUUCGUGAUUCUAUCGUGAUCGUCUACCGGAGGAAUUCGUAAGAGGAAUCCCCGCGCUCGUAAAAUGCGCGCACCCUGACGAGCUACCGAUAAGUGACACCGAGUUCAUCGAGGGCCUGUAUCGACCGUUCCUUCCAUCGAGCACCAUCGAGCUUACGAUGCCCGCUCGACCAAAGGGUUGAGGAUAACAUAAGAUAAAAAGGAAUCGUGCGCGGGAAGAAAGAGUUUUCGCGAAGAUCGCCGAAGAGAGAGAGAGAGAGAAAGAGAGAGAGGAGCGGAUCGAAAGCGAUGCGUUGAGCCAUCGAUCACGGAGCGGCGCGGGGAUGAGCGAGGCGUUCAAUUAAAUCGUUCCAGAAGCGCGAGCGACCGAGCGAGAGAGAAGGAGAGAGAGAGAGAGAGAGAGAGAGAGAAGGAAGAAACGGGGGGAGUUGCGUGACUCGGUUGGAAAAUAUUAGUCGUGGAGACGCGGCUUACGAUGUCGCCUCUCGUUUUCGUUUUCGCCAUACCGAAUCACCGGUCGCGCUGAAUCACAAAACGAUUGUUGUUCCUCCUCCGCUCCGAAGAAAUUCAACCGGACACAACACAAUUCCUUCCUUCGAGACCCGCUUCUCCCCUUUCGUUUCGAGGCUCGAGAUCCUCGAGGAAAGAUCCGAGAAGGAGGAGGAGGAGCAGGAGGAGGAGGAGGAGGAGGAGGCGAGCGGGCAGCAAAAAGAAAGAAAAAAAAAAAAAACGAUCGACGAUCGCUCGAUCAACGCGUCCAUGUUCUAGCCUGGAGCGUCCCCGCCGAUUGAUUUGGCGCGCGCGUGACGGGAAAGAGGAACACGGGACUUUGGAGGUAUUCCAAACGACGGAUAUACACAUCGCGGACGAUGAAGUGGUGCUUAGUGAUGCUGAUUCUGGCCGGUGUCACGAGGGCCGACAAUUCGGUCGACGCGGACUAUUCGAUCCUCAAGUGUCCGGACCUGAAUUCCCAAGAGGAGAUCGAUUUGAACGAGAUAAUGGGCAAGUGGUACGUGGUCGAGGUGUUGGAGCACAAAGUCGAUCCAUCGAAGACCAUCGGCUCGUACAAGGUCAAUUCCUGCCCGAUCGUCAAGCUGAGAGCGGUCGAGAACACGUCCAAGUACUUCUCCUCGUUGAGGCUGUUGUGGACCGAGGAGAUCGGCGACCUCGAGUACACUUUCCGGAUACCGGACGUAUCCAGGAAGCCGGGCUUUUGGAUUUCCACGUCUGUGCAAAAUGGUACACUGGUGGAGAGGGGGUACAAGCAAUUCAGCGGGAACGUGCACGUGAUGAAGGCCGUUGCCUCGGACAUGGUGCUGACUUUCUGUUCCCGGAACCCGGACAAUCAGCUGUACUCGUUGCUACUCUCGCGGGAGCACAUCUUGCAAAAGAGCGACAAACGAGGCGUGCACAAUCUGCUCAAUCGCCGUGGCCUCAAGAUCAUCAAUAUCCGGGAGACGUGCAUGAACAACGCUGCCUGGAGAAGAGGAUCCUUCGAUCUGAUCGGGUGGUUGGCUCUGAUAGGGGUGUUAUCCUCCGUUUUCUUCGGUUCCUGGUAGUGGUGGUAAUAAAUCGUCGAACAAGGGAUGAACGAAAAACGGAACCGUGAAUCGUUAGCUGUGUUACGUCGAUCGUUAUAUCGUAUCCGCCGUGAUUCUAGAGAUCUCUCGAAUAAAAUCUCUACUUGCUUACUUCUUUCUCGUCCCAUUUGAUCAAAGGAGGGGAUUAAGGGUGGCGAUUUUUGUUGCUCGAUCGGGGAGGAUCGAAUUCAACGAAAGAAGAGAGAGAGAGAAAGAAAGAGAAAAGCUCCUCCUUAAUUGCCAACGCAGCUAACGAUUUCGCGUCCAUUGCAAUAAACCUCUUCCUCCCCUCCGUCUGCGGCGCAAUAUCGUAACGAGAAUCCAGCCAUCUCGACGAAACGAAAAAACUCGAAUUUAUCGUCGGCCUCGUGUGAUUCGACCUCGAAUGUGAAACCGGGACGGGAGAAGGAUUGCACUGGUUGCCGUGUCGCGGGCGAUUCUCGUUAUUCUCGGCACGACGCCAGCCACCAAGGGAACGAUCCCCGUUAGAUGGUGCAUCGUUUCGCGUCGUCCUCGCAGCUUCUUCCUGUGCUUAUUAUCGCGGGCCUUUGUUCCUCCGAUGGAGCUGCCGACCCCUCGAGUCCUCUCGACUGAAACAACAACGGGCUCGAAUUUUCCCCAACCACGUAUCUACGAUGAUAUAUAUGUACAUUUACGUGCGAUUAUUAUUCCAUAAUUCGAGGAGGGACCCGAGUGUUCAAAUCGAUCGAUAUUGUUGUAACUCUUUCAGUCCAGGAUCGCAUUCGUUAUAUAGAAUAUAUAUGAAAAAAUUAGAGAACAAAGUUGUUUCUUUUACGAGACGUAUCCAAUUUUAAUUAUCGUUGGACGGGAUGUUUUUUUUCGUUCAUCCUAUUUUCAUUCGCGUCGUUUAUAGAAUUGUUCUCUAGAGUUUAUUUCUUCUUGAAAAAAAGAAAAAAAAGACAUAUCAGACAAAAAGUCGUUGUUGUUGAAGAAGAGAAGUGGAAAAAUGCAGAGGACAAAGAUUUACUGAAUAAUGCGAUGCCACGUAAUUUGAAAGAGUUAAACGAAACGAGUUCCGCGAAGAACUCGCCGUUCCAGCGAAGAUAAUCCUCCUUUUCAAAAAUAAGAAGGGGAGCGUUCCCGUGAAGAUUAGCGACGUUAGAUAGAAAUGCAUGUUGUAUGUAUCUCGGUUCGUGGAUUUAAAAAGACAAUAGUAAUAUAUCAAAUAUCGAUCGCGUCGACGAAGAUCGAUCUCGAGUAGCCGAUUCUAAGAUUCAUCUGUUCCCGAGCGAAGAGAAGGGAGCGGUGCACAGAAGGGAGAGAGAGAGAGAGAGAAAGAGAGAAAAAGAAGAAAAAACCGAAGAAGCUGGCUCGAUUUCCGUGCAACGUUCCUUCCAUUCCGUACCGUGAAAGUUUAACGAAACGAAACGGCAGAUCUCGUGACGCGAUCGAAAACACGAUUUUUCGCCCGACAAAUAUAUUAUAAACGGAAUAUACAAGAGGAUGAAGCGAAUAAAUUAAAAUAUCAUCGGGAUCGAGUUUAAAUAAAUCGUGUUACGAGUGUUUCUCCGCGCGUCUUUCUUCUCUAUCUCCGUUUUAGGAUAAUAAAUAAAAAGAAAAAAAAGAAAAAAAAAAAAAGGAUUAUCAUUCUAAAAUUAAAUAAAAUCGCAAUUAGCGCGAAAUAUUCGAUCAUCGAAAUGAUUUACGAUGAUUUUCCAUUCCAUUCCAACGACGAAGCAGCGGUGUACGAUUGUAUAAAUAGUUGAAUCUUAUCGUUAUAGAUUUAUUAUUAUUCGUAUCGCGGUUGAUCGACGAUUUUUCGAAGAUUGAAUCUAAGCAGGAUUAAAAAGAUCGAGUAAUCGAAUUACAUUCGCGUCCUUUUUGACUCGAUCGCACUCGCUUUUUCAUUCGUAACGCUCGAACGUUCACGCAUACGCGCAUACACACAUACACACACACACACACAUACAUAUACACACGCGUACAUAUCUUUUUAUACUUAAUCGAGAUUCGUUGAGGCGAUCUUUUUUAUAAUAAGGAUCUUUGAAUUCUGCCAGUUUUGUGUCUUCGUAUGCCUUUUUAUACGAGCAACAUCCGAACGUACAAAAAAAAAAAAAAAAUUUUAUGCUUGACUUUUUCUACGCGCUAUACCCGAUUUCAAUACGAAUAUUAUACAUUAUGCUAUUUGUGUCCGAUAUCAUCCACGCCAUUCUCUCUCGAACGAUUUUCUAAUAUUUUAUCCGACCUAGGAUAAAAAUGAAUAAGACGAACUGUAGCAAGACUAUCGAUUUAUAUCACACACAUCUUACACAGGCAGCGUGAUGUUCUCACAUGCGCGUCACAUGUUUCAUUCGAAUAUUUGUGAGAGCAUAAACGAAUGCGUUUGAACGAGCGUUGUUUAAUGCGUUAAAAAAAAAAAAAAAAAAAAAAAAAGAAAAAGAAGAAGAAAAAAAAAAAAAGAAGCAAAGAAGCCUCCCGUGAAAAGGUAGCCGUCUCUACCGAGUCGAAAACGGGGAGGGAUUGUUACGAUUUGUUUGACAAGUUCAAAAUGGAACCCUAUGCGAUAUGUAUAUACAUAUCCUCGAAUCGCCACAAGUAUCGUCAUCUGCGAUGACGCGUUUGGCGAUGGGAUAUACGCAUAUAGGGGUACUCGUUAAAUUAUUGUACACUUUUCGAUGCCAAUCGCAAGGGAGUACGCCGUGUUACGUUUUAAAUGCUCUAGAGUCUUUAUUUAUUGUACAGAAUGCUCGAUAUAUAAAUAAAUGAAUGAAUAUAUAUAAAUAUAUAUAUAUAUAUAUAUACAUACAAUACGAUCUAGUACCUAAUACGAUAUAAUACGGUAUCGCUUAUUAUGUGUAUAAAUAUGGAAC